AUGAACUCGCAUAUUACUAUGCUCGGUACUCAAUGUCAUGGUUUGGCAUUAGAUAAAGAUGGAGCACUUUAUGUUAUUGAUCAGUGGCAUCAUUUCGUCAAACGAUGGAGUCAGAGAGAAAAAGACGACAAGAUAAUUGCGGGUAUAAAUGAUUACGGAACUGGCCUUUACCAACUAAAGACUCCAAUCCUGGCUCUAGUUGACGAGAAUUUUACUCACUAUAUCUCAGAUUCUGUGAACAAUCGGGCGAUGAAAUGUCUAAACGAUGUGAUAGAGCAUACUAGUUUUGAUGGAGUAAAUAAUGGAAGUUGA